GGACUACGGAUCCGAGCAGAGAGCCGGGUACCCUCCCUUCCUUGGACCGGAUUAUGCUGCCUGGGACUCAUCACAAUAACAACACAACAGUUAAAGAUUCUACAUAUCCGUGAUGAGACAAUACACCAAUUCCCGGGACAGGGGAGGCUCCUGCGUGGCCUGCUGCCAAGUUUGCGUUUUCGCGUUUACUGCAUUUCUCAUUGUGGCUGAGCGGACUGCGCUGAUCUACUGUUUUGUGUACUACCUGUGGGUGGGGCAUAACUACUGCUAUGGCCACUGGGCGGGGCUUACAGCCUUGUUUCUCCUCCCUGGAUGGGGCCCCCAGUUGCUAAGUUGGCUGUGGUACCAGGCAGAUGGACGUAUAUGCAGCAAAGAUCUCAAAUGGACUCACAUCCUGCACCUGGGUAUCUUUAGAAGGUUAUGGGAGACUAUGACAUCCACUGGAGAGGAUCGGUGUAGUGAGAUAAUGCAGCAGGCUGAUGUUUCAGCUCUCCGCCUGUUGGAGGCGCUGGUGGUAACUCUGCCACAGACUGUCUUGCAGACAUAUGUCCUCAUCUGUACCGAUGUAGGACUCUCUUCACCAGUGUCAGUGUGUUUUGCGGUGUGCCUGCUCUCCCUGGCCUGGGCCUUAGUGUUGUAUGCCAGAGCCUGUUCCCUCAUCAGACCUGGACAUCUCCCCAUGACCCCUGCUGCUAUCACCUGUAGACUGCUCUGGAGGGUCAGUAUGUUGGGAGCACGCCUCGCCACCCUCACGCUCUUCACACGCCUGUUCCGACAGUGGGUACUUGGAGUUAUUGGUCUUCACUGGUUGGGUGCUACGUUCUGGUUGGUGUCGCAGCAGAGUGACAUCAUUAAGACGCCAUUGCGCUGGCGUCUGUUCAACCUGGUUCUGGGAGCUGUUCACACAUCUUCCUCUUCCUCAAACGUCAAAGACCGGAGCCCUCCGAUGGCCCGCAAUGGAGUGAUAGCCUUAGUCCUGUACUACCGGUUCCUCCACCCUAAGUCCUUUGAGAUCCUCCAGAGCAUACGUCACCAUGGAAUGGGCAGAGCUUGUGCAGACCGGGGCUCUUCUCUCUCAUUGGAAGAGAAGAGCCAUCGCCACGGUCAACUUGUGGGUGGCGGGAAUCUGCUGGAGCUCCCUAGCCAAUGGCAGGGCUGGAAGCACCACCACUGGUUGCUGAUUCGCCUAGCCAUGAAGACAGGUGAUGUGGCUAGAAUAAGCCAUGCCUAUGGUGAAGGGGGAUUGGUCGGGCUGCUGGGACUAGAGGAAGAGACUCUGCCAAGGUCCCCAGACAUUCCGCAACAUUCUCUCAACGUUCCACAACAUUCCCCCAACGUUCCACAAUCUUCUCCCAUCGUUCCCCAGGUUGACCAGGUCAGACAGGUGGAGGAGGUUAUAAAGGCAGCCCCAGCCAGAGACAUCAUCAGUGAGGUGAGACAGGCAGUGAGACAGGGGGAGGUGAGACAUGUGCUGCCCUCACCAUCUCCCAUCCAGGAAGUCAACCCGCCGCUGGUGGAGGUCCUAGUUGAGGACGUCAGAGGUCACCUCUCUGAGCCCUCCAACUCGCAAGACGACUCCAGCCCCCCUCACUCCAGCCCCCCUCCCUCUGAAGAACGAGAUGACGAAGACUUCCAGAGCGCAGCCUACUGCUCCCCCACACCCUCUUCUCCCAAGUACCCAGACUACCGCCACAUCGACAGCAACGUGGUCACCUCGAACACCGAAGGGUCAUCUUCUGCAGGGUCACUGGAUGUCAGACGUGAUUCGUCUCCAGAGAGAUCACCGUCCCUGCUGUUGGGAAUGGGAAGCCCCCAGCGGAACUUUAACCCCACGGAGUCUGGCACCGCCUUGUACUUCAGCACUGCAGCAGUCUCCCCAUCCAGUGGCAGUUACCUGGGCUGGGGCUCUGAGCUGUCGCCCAUCUCCACCUACCGGAGCCCCUACCGCAUCAGGGAGCCCCUCUUCACCUCCACCCCCAGACAGGAGCCUCGUGCUGUUCCAGAGGAACCAGGUCCUAGCCCCUCUACCACCGCCACCACCACCACGCAUGCUAGAAAACAACUGGUCCAGUUUGUAGACCAUAGAGAAAAAUUGAUCUAAAGGGGGACAAUGGGUGACGUGAGAUCAAAUACAUGUAAAAUACUCUCAAAUACUUAUUGAGGUGUAUUUGAUUUAGCUUGACCAGUGUGCAGCUGGGUGGGUGAGGUUUACACUUUCGGGACUAUUUAAUUGGUUCCAUUGUACCACUGUUCCAUUCCAUUCCAAGCUAAAUCAAGUGUGCCUAAAGUAUUUAAAAGUAUUUAACAUUAUUGUAUUUGACCCAGGUCUAGAGAUGAUAUAGAACACAAAAUAUAGAGAGUAUGUUACAAGAUAUAUGACGUUAGCCUGAGUGUAAGGCUGGUUCUGUAUUCAACAGUGCUAUUACAACGUCGUUGUCAUGCCAGACAACUAAUCUAUUACUAGCCAAGGGCCUGUUGACUAAAUUAGAACCAGCUCGGCCCCCAGGUUAGCCAGACGUGUUUCACACUAAAUAACAAUAGCUUGUCUUGAGUAUCCAUUUGAAUUAGCCAGUGUGAGGUUGUGAAUCCACAUGUAUCUAUCACACACAGACACACUAACAUAGAAACUGCACUGGAAGUAGUCUUUAGUGAAGGAACAGUGGGAUGUCCUUUUGCUCUUAGGCCCCGAUUCAAUCAAUCACAGAUAAAGAAAACUGCACUGUGAGUAUACUCAGAAUGUCCAUGCAGUAUUAUUUUAAUAACAGAUGCGGUUUCAUGUUGACAUUGAAUGAUAAUGUCCGUGAGAGUAAUAGCGUGUGUGGUGUGUCAGAUACAUGGUUAACGCCUCUGCUAGAGGAUAUACCGUAGAAAUAUAAUCUAAAAACUAGAAUCUAAAACUAGAUUAUAUUUCUAUGGCAUAAAAAUUGUGAGUGAACCCUCAGUGUGGUUUACUUUGUGCUGUGGAUUGAAUUAGUGCCAUCGUAAAGCGUUAUGAUUCACCACUGGGCGAUAAUAGCUUAAGUUGUGGUUUAUUAUGGUUUGUCAGAGAAGAGAGAGUAUAUGUUUGUCUUUGUUUGUUUCUUUCUUGUAUAUAACUGCAAUCAUUUGAGGCAGUUUGCACUUUUAUGAGGUAUUAUGAUAUGAUUGGGAUAAUUGAAGGGGUGCUAAUAGUUAGUCCAUGGAGACGCUCUGAUCACAUGUUAGGUUUUACUACACUAUUAUAGGCUACUGUAUAUACAUUCAUUAUUAUAGUAUUCAAAUGUGAUAUUUAAUCUAAAGGUAACCUAACAAUAAUAGGUCAUGUACGUAAAUACUUUCAUUAUGUGAAAUUUUAACCGAUAUUCUUACUCUUAUUUACAAUUUGUUUACAGCUAGUCCCGACAUGUCAAGCAGACCUUUAAGUCUGAUAGGUACUAGUAUUUAAAUAUAUACAAAAUGAUUCAAAUGUGUUCCGUGUUCAAUUCAUUUCGGUCAGUAUAGGUGCUAUUUCUAAGUCUCGAAUUUACCUCAAAUGGUGAAGAUAUAAGAUCUUUGUGAACCAUUGUAGGGAGAAAUCCUUUCUACUUCUGUGAGACAGGAGAAAGAUCCAACUAAUCGUAUCUAUUCACGAGGCAUCAAAGCAGACUGUAUCUAUCAGUGUGGAAGUGCCUGAAACAAGCUGCUAGUAGUAUUGAUGAGCUUCCGGAUCCUCUACAGCCUGGUCCUAUUCCUAUCCCUGUCCCUUACCUUAGUCCCUAAGGGGGCCCUUUGUUCCUAGAAGGGGCUAGGGAGAGAAAUAGAGCUAGGCCUAUCUAGGCCAUGUGCUGCUAUGGAUGUUUGGAGGUCGGUGUUAUCAGAAUGUUGUGUUUUUUUACAUUGUUUUUUACUGUCUUUUUAUUUUUGUUUGAUUGUGUUUAUAGUGACUUCAGAACUAACUUUGUCCCCAGGCUCAAGAGAGAGAGAGAGCCAGCUCGGGACUAGAUCAGUUCAGAACUAUUGUUUUAUCUCUGUUGAUAUAAAGGGAAUGUGUGAGCUACCUAGAGCUGAGGAAAAUGGUACUACUGCAUGCUCGUCCUUAUUUUUAUACAGCCUGACAAAGACAGUGUACUGUAUCUAAUGAUAGAUGUGAAAAGAGAAAUCACUUACACACACAUUGCAUUAACCAGCUUUUAGAAUGUAUGUCUAUGCAGAGUUAAUAUACUAGCUAAUAUAGCCUACUAAUAUCAGUAUGGACUUUUAAAUGUAUCUUGGUGCACCAACACGCUUUAGAACGCUAUCUCAAUGCCUGGCUUGAUAAUGAAAUAAUCAGCGCUUGCCUUGUAGAAACGACAGCAUCAGCUGCAAUGGCUGUCAGUCUCAUUGCCUUAUCUGUAUACGCUCAUCACAAUGAAUGGAAUGGUGCACUUCAAUUUCCAGUUUCUUGCAUUGUAUACAUCAUUAUUUAUUUUUUUGCCCACAUUUACUGUAUGAAAUGUGUACAGUAGUGUGAUGCACUGUGUUUUGACUCGGUAAAGUUUUGUAUCUGUACCUGACAAUGUAUUAACAAGAUCUUGUUGUUGUUGUUAUUAUUGUUACACCAGGUGAAUGUGAUGCAUCUGAUUGCUUCAUCGUAAUGUCAUUAUUCAAAUAAUAUAAUGGUUAUUAAUAAUUGUAUAAAGUACACCUGAAUAAACACUAGCGUCACCAGGAAGGAAGGAUGCUGUGUUUCUAUUGGUUAUCUAGUCACGCAGACGACCAGGGUUCAAGCCCAAUCUGUCACACCUUCUUUAUUCUGUUUCUUCACGAUUAUCUAAUAAGUUGUUUGUCAGCUGAGUUAAACGAACAGAGGAACAGGAAGAAGACAGAUCAUUCAUUAGUUACACAAUAGCUUUGCUGUGGUUUAUGUCUUUCGCCCUCUGAUGCUUUGUUUUAUAUGAUGACUUUGCUUGUUUUGCAGUCACAAGUUGUU